UCAUAGCCCUCAGAUGCAUCUGGUAACUCUUGUGCUCGACUGAAGACAACUCCUGCAUCGUGGCUUUGUAGAUAUUCUUCAUCGGUUUUAAAUUGUGCCAACCAUGGCGAAGUCUGGAUAUGGCUACUACCGAGCCACUAUAUUUCUUGCCAUGUUUGUGGGCUACACUUUGUAUUACUUCAACAGGAAGACAUUUUCUUUCGUAAUGCCCUCUGUAAUGCAGGAGAUCACGCUCGAUAAGGAUGAUCUGGGUCUUAUCACUAGUAGUCAAUCGCUGGCUUAUGCCAUCAGUAAGUUCAUAAGCGGUGUGCUGUCCGAUCAGAUCAGUGCACGAUGGCUUUUCUCUAUUGGGCUGUUUAUGGUGGGUGGCAUCAACAUGAUUUUCUCCCUGUCCUCCUCGGUGGCGGUGUUCGCAGGCCUGUGGUUUCUGAAUGGACUGGGUCAGGGUUUGGGUUGGCCACCAUGUGCAAAAGUACUGCGAAAGUGGUUUGAGCCAUCUCAGUUUGGGACGUGGUGGGCAGUGCUGUCCUGCAGUAUGAAUUUGGCUGGGGGUCUAGGGCCCAUCAUUGCCACACUGAUGGCUCAGAGCUACAGCUGGAGGUCCACGCUGUCCAUCUCGGGCCUGACCUGUGUGGUCAUGUCCAUCUUCUGCCUGCUUGUUAUCCGAAAUGAGCCUAGUGAGGUUGGCCUGCCCAAUAUUGAAGCUGGUGCAAAGAAAGGAAAAGGAGGCUCCAGCAAAGAUGAUAGCUCAUUCAAAGAAUUCAUUCUCUCCCCAUAUCUGUGGGUGUUAUCAUCGGGCUACUUGGUGGUGUUUGGGGUCAAGACAGCUUACACUGACUGGGGACAACUUUUCCUUAUCCAGGACAAGGGCCAGUCAACACUAAUGGGCAGUUCUUUUAUGAGUGCUCUAGAGAUCGGAGGACUGAUGGGUAGUUUAGCAGCAGGAUACCUGUCAGACAGGGCCGUGGCAAAGCAAGGAUUGCGCAGGUAUGGCAACCCUCGCCAUGGUCUCUUGCUCUCUAUGAUGGCUGGGAUGUGUGUCUCAAUGUACCUCUUCCGUACCACUGUCACAGCACACAGCUCAAAUGUCUGGAUACUUCUGUUGGGUGCAGCUUUUGGCUUCUCCUCAUAUGGACCGAUUGCAUUAUUUGGAGUUCUUGCGAAUGAGAGCGCUCCAUCAAACUACUGUGGAACCUCUCAUGCCAUUGUUGCCUUGAUGGCAAAUGUUGGCGGUUUUCUCUCAGGGUUGCCUUUUGGGACCAUUGCCAAACACUAUGGAUGGAACUCAGCUUUCUGGGUAGCAGAAGUAAGCUGUACUGUCACCACGGUUGGAUACUUCCUGCUUCGGAACAUCCGCACCAAGAUGGGAAAUGUACCCAAGAAAGCUGACUGAACAUUAGAGUAUUAUUUAAGUGUCUUUAAACUACUUUUUAAUAUACCAAUGGCACAACCCAUAAAGUCUGUAUAAUAUGAAUGGAUUCACAAUAGAAGUGAAAAAAAGGACUUUCAUUGUUUGAAGGCUUUUGCACUACUACCAUUGACAACUGCAAGUUACAUCAGCACCUUUUCCAGGACUUUCCCUUUGCAUAUGAAACAUGUGCAAUACCAGUAUCACUUGAUAUCUUUUUAUAGAUAUCUGAAAAUCCACUUUCAAGACUUUCCAUUUUAUCUUUACCAAUGUGCAAAAUAGGAUACCAUGUUGUGAACAUUGCUUUCAUAAGCAAAUUUUGUUAUUUAUUCUGUAUUCAUCUUUAAAAUGGAUGGCAGUAUUUAGAACGGUUCUGAUCUCUAUACACUUACAUUGCAAAAUGGUACAAUUUACUGUUUAUUAAGGUAUGGGAACACCAUUUCCUCAGUGGUAUUAACAAACUGCCUUAAAUUAGCUAGAAACAAAAUGUAUUUCGUCAUCACUUUCAGAUCUUUAACUAGUCCUACCUCUGUAUCUGUGUGGCAUUACAAAUUCAUAAAAGUCUAUGAUGAAAUACGUAACCUUGUGUUAUAUCACAUGACUGUUUAAUAGUACAUUUAAAUGAGUUUAUAUAAAUAAAAAAAAAUGGCAAGACUCACA